AUUGUAACCUUCCCAAAGCUCCUUUUUCAUUAGUCCAGAGAUAAACCCGAUUAUUGUUGCCUUAAGCAUCGGAGUGUCUACCUCGAGGACUAACCUCGGGGAUUUGCAGGUUCAUUCGAAGUGAAGACGCAGAUUGAAGAAGGAUCUCUGGUUUGGUGCAAUUACAUUUGGUGUCUCUGUGGGAAUCCGAACUGAAAGCUUUUUUGUUGCUCUUUCAUCAUGGUUAACACUCGAUCAGUCCGAGCUAGAAAUCCAUCUCUACCUCUUGGACAAGCUCACAACUCAACUUCCACCACCAACCAAGACGUAGUUGCAGCUCAGCUUGCUGCCAUGCAACAACAGUUUGGUGUUUUUCAGUUAGUAUUGGCUCAGUUAUUAGCUCGAAACAACCCCGGUGAUCCCCUCAUUAACUUACUCAACCCUACUCAACAACCCUUAGCUCCACAACAAAACCCUCAACCAGUUCAACAUGCUCUUGCUCUUAGUGAAUCUCAGGGUCAAUCUCACAUAGCACCAGCUCAGCAACCCCUCCCUGAUAAGGUCACUCGACGUUUGGACAGUUUAAAAAAGUUGGUAGCUGAACAGCGAGGUGCUCCACCUCCACACCAUGCUGUUGACUCCAUACCUCAUCCUCUGAACACCAACAUCACACUAGAACCUUAUUCCAUUGGCUUCAAAAUUCCUCAACUCGAGACAUAUGAUGGGACAAAAGACCCCGAUGAUCACCUCCAUGCUUUCUAUUCUUGUAUGCAAGCUCAGAAUGCCUCUGAUGCAUUAAUGUUUAAGAUCUUUCCCUCCACUUUUCGUGGCAAUGCCCGAACUUGUAGAAGGUUGAUCAGGAAAACUACUUCUGAGCUAAUGCGAGUCAAACAGAGGGAUGGAGAAUCUCUGAAGAAUUACAUGAGCAAGUUUAAUGAUGCAGUACUGGAGAGACAGUUUGAUCAAAAUCCUUCCAACACCUUUAGCGAGGUGAAUGAUAGGUCUUUGAAAUUUAUAACUGUUGAGGAAUAUGCCCUGGCGCAAAACCCAACUCCCUCUAAGAACCAAAACCCAGAUUGGAGAGAUGAGAAUCUGAGUAGGAAAAGGAUGAGGAUGACACAGAACCGAGAUCCGAUGCCGACCUCCACAUUGAGAUUCGGAAGACCAAACUUAGCACCUCCGCAACAGUUUGCAGAACAGAGGCUACAGCCUCAAGGAGUCCGCAAUCCACCAAACAGGCAAGGCGUGGGAUAUCAGCAAGUCCCACCUCUGCUCCCACCACAAGCUAGAAUCAUACACAUGAUUACGGGAGGCUUGGAAGCAGGUGGACUGAGCUCUAAACAGAAAAAGUUGUAUGUUAGAGAGGUUAAGCAUCAAAACCGAGCUCAAAAAUGGAAGUUUGACGACGCUGACUGGAAGAAUCAACUCAUUACUUUCACAUCUACUGAUUUUGACACAGUUGUUAUACCCCACAAUGAUCCUUUGGUCACUUUUGUCAUGAUUAAUAACUGUGAAAUACAACGUGUCCUUGUUGACACCGAGAGUGCACCAGACAUCAUGUACUUCCACUGUUUUGAGAGUCUUGGGUUGGAUCCAGCAUUGUUGCAAAGAUAUGAUGGUCCUAUAUAUGGUUUCAACAACCAGCCUGCUCAGGUAGAAGGAGUUCUUACCCUCCAUGUUGCUUUUGGGAGUGGCCGCACCUAUGUGAUUCCUUCAGUCCGGUUCCUAGUAGUCAAGAUAGCGUCAUCUUUCAACGUUGUUAUUGGCCGACCCACGUUGACUGAAAUCCGAGCUGUGGUUUCCCAAUCUCACCUCUGCAUGAAGUUCCCAACUCCUAUGGGAAUAGCAACACUGCGAGGCAACCAGGAGACACCUGAGGCCAUCCCUCAACGGAUUCCUGAUAAUCAGCAAGUCAUGGAUAUGCCUGGAAUUCCAAAUUCGGUAUCUCAACAUAAGUUCAGCACCAAUCCAUUGAAGAAACCAGUGGCCCAGAAGCGACGUCUCUUCGGGGGGGAGAGGCUUCAGGUCAUAAAGGAAGAGGUAGAGAAGCUUCUACAAGCUGAUUUCGUCAGAAAAGUUGAUUAUUGUGAAUGGGUGGCUAACCCAGUGCUGGUGAAAAAGGCAAAUGGUAAAUGGCCAAUGUGCAUCGACUACACAAAUCUUAACCAAGCCUGCCCCAAGGAUUGCUAUCCAAUGUCGAGCAUUGACAAAUUGGUUGAAGCGGCUUCAGGUAAUGAGAGAUUAAGUCUCUUGGAUGCAUAUUAUGGGUAUCACCAAGUGCCAAUGGCUCUAAAAGACGAAGAGAAAACCUCGUUCUAUGCUGGUGAUGAAAUCUAUUGCUACGUCAUGAUGCCAUUUGGCUUAAAGAACGCAGCAGAAGACCAUCUAGCUGACCUUGAUGAAACUUUCAACAAUCUCAAGAAGAACAAAAUGCGGUUAAACCCAGCCAAAUGCAUCUUCGGCGUGGAGUUUGGAAAAUUUUUAGGUUUCAUGGUUUCCCGGAGAGGAAUUGAGGUCAAUCCAGAGAAGAUCAGAGCAAUUGCCGAGAUGAAACUGCCGAAAUCAGUGAAAGAUAUACAAAGCUCACCACCUCUACUGACUAAGGCUAUUGAUGAAGAGAUUCUCUAUUUGUAUUUGGGAAUUUCAGAUGAAACCAUUAGUUCGGUUCUGGUGAGAAAAGAAGCCAAACAACAGAAACCAAUCUACUACAUCAGCAGCGUGCUUCAUGGCGCAGAGUUGAGAUAUCCUAUUGCUGAGAAAGCAGCAUUAGCAGUUAUUCUGCAGAAGCUAGAGUGCUCCGGACGAUUAAUUAAAUGGGCAGUAGAAUUGGGGGAAUUCGAGAUAACAUUUCAGCAGAGAUCUGCAAUUCGAGCUCAAGCAUUAGUAGAUUUUAUUGUAGAAUGUACUCCAUGUCAUUCAACCCCUAAUCCAGAGCCCAACGACUGGACCUUAUAUGUUGAUGGGGCAUCUAGUAGCAAGGGUUCAGGAGCUGGCGCUCUCUUGAUUGGUCCAGAUGGAUACCAAAGUGAACAUGCCCUGAAAUUUAACUUCGAUGCAACAAACAACAUGGCUGAGUAUGAAACUCUACUACUUGGUCUACUACUUGGUCUACAGCUAGCAUUGGAGUUGAAAAUCAGUGCGAUCCAAGUAUACAGUGACUCCCAGCUGGUGGUCAACCAAAUCAACUCAAUCUGCGAAGUCGUUGGUCUUGUGAUGGUGAAAUAUGUAGCCCUGGUGGUCGAGCUGAACUCUUUAAGUUCCAGAUUAGUUUUUGUGGAGGUCUUAGAUGAACCAAGCUUCAUGAAGCCACGGAUGAUGGAGAUCAGCAUAGACCCUGACAUGCCGAGUUGGACUGACUCAAUUAUCUCCUUUUUACGAGAUGGAAUAGUAUUUGAGGAUAGGCAGGAGGCAAUGAAGUUGAGGAAGAAAGCAUCUCGCCACGUUGGUGCUAGAACUCUGGCUCACAAAGUCGUAAGGCAGGGAUAUUACUGGCUAAACAUGUACAAAGACGCCACUCACUUUGUUCAGAGAUGCCCGAAGUGCCAAUUCUUUGCACAUUUAACUCACCAACCAGCAGAAGAGCUCACGAACUUGGUUGAAGCUCGGCCAUUAUUCAGUCUUACCUCCAAGAAGGUCGAAGACUUUGUUUUCAGCUCGAUCAUCUGCAGAUAUGGGAUCUCGAAUCAGAUUGUGGCUGAUAAUGGAACUCAAUUCAAUUGCAUCUCUUUCCGAGAUUUUUGUUCCAGCUAUGAGAUCGAAUUGCAGUUCACCUCGGUUUACCAUCCAGAGUCCAACGGUAUGGUAGAAUUUGUUAAUAAAUGCAUUUUAGAAGGAAUAAAGCCGAGGUUGGAACAACACAAGGCCAAGUGGGCAGACAAGCUCAACAACGUCCUCUGGGCAUACAGAACAACGAGCCGAACUGCCACAGGUGAAACACCUUACCAUCUAGCCUUUGGUACCGAAGCAAUCAUUCUUAUUGAGAUAGGAGUCUCAAGCUUCUGGGUCACCCAUUUCGAUGAAGGACGAAAUGGACAACUGCUUUGGGAAAAUCUUGAUCUGCUUGCUGAAGUCAGAGAAGAAGCACGACUUUAAACUCUUGUAUACAAUCAGAAAUUAGCCAACUUCUACAAUAAACGAGUUCGCCCUCG